CCCGCACCGGUAGGAAGUUCAUUUCCGAAGUCCCCCAGAGUAACCGGGGAUGGAAGGAAAAGUUUGUUUUCAUCGAGUUUCCCCCCUUCUUCACUCCUCUGGCCGGUCUGAAAUGGAAUGACCAUCUCCUCGACCAAGAGUAUGCUGCACCGGCCUCCUCCCCAGACUUGGAAGCUAGUCUCGAGAUCCUCAUGCGUGGGGAUCCUCAAACCGGGAGGAUCUUCCAUCAAGGCAGCUGGGUUUGGAGGGUAGAUUCGGGUGGUGAGGGUACCUCCCAGGCCCAGGAAGCAGCGGGGCGCGGGGUACCCUCCCCGGGCAACACUGCAGAGGCUGAGGGCCAGAACCACCCAGAUAUGGAGUUUGAGGAGUUCGCCAUCCCUGACGACCAACCAGCCGGGGAGACCGGGGGCUCCCAAGCCAAUCCUGCCAGGACUUUCCCGGUCAAUCCAGAGACCGUGGAAAUCCUGGAUGAAGACGAGCCCCAAGACAACCGGUCUAAGCGGAAGGAGAAGGAAAAGGCCGGUCGCCGGGUGAAGAAGGUGGCCACCACGCACCCUUCCUAUGCCAAGAAGAGGGCAAGGUCAGAUCCUGAGCCGGCCGGCCAGACCAUCGAGGAGGCCUUCAUCAAUCUCGGGCUGAGGCUGAGGCUGAAGGAGGCGGGGGAGAUUGGGCCGCAUACAGUGGACCGGUUGGGGAUGAGUUCCCCUUCCGAAGUCGACCGGCUGAAGAGGGAGAAAGAAGAGAUGGCACUCAUCCUGAGGAGCCAAGCUGAUGAGCUGAUCCGGCUGUCUGGGCUGGCCGGGGCAAUAAAGACUGAGAUCUCCCAACUGAAGGAGGAGAAUGGCCGGCUUCUGGACGAAGUCUCUGAAGCCAAGAGGGAAGUGGCGGAGAAGGAAGAAACCUUCCCCGGGCGCGUAGCUGCCUGGGUGGGAGAGAAUAAGGCUGAAGCUGCCCGGGUGAUGACGGCUAGCCCGGAAGCGACCAUGGAAUCCUUUAGGCUUUUGUACCGGGAGCCUGAAGGAAAGAAGAUGAUUACCGCUAUUGGGUCCUUCGGAUUCAAGAGUGGUCAGAAGAAGGACCGGGCUGCCUGCCACCGGAUUUUGAAGAAAAGAGACCCAGAGUUCUCCGCAGCUUCUUACGGCCUGGCAUCCAUCCCGGAGGAAGAGCCUACUCCCCCUUUCCCCCUAGAUUAAGAACUACAAGGCCUUGACUGGUUGCUUUGUAAACUUAAAACUCAUUUCCCCGGGAAUGCCCGGUGUAAAUGUAAAACAUUUAACAUUCUUAUUUCGUUUGAAUGCCAUGUUUUCUUUUCGUACCAGUUAAUCUUCCACGUCUGAUUGCUUGUUGAUUUAUUUUUUUGAUCUUGCUGCUUAGAAUACCAUCAUAGAAAUUCUGACCGGUACAUAAAUUAGGUCACUUCUC